AUGCCGUUCAAAAGCACCCUCGCGCAAUUCAAAGCGCAGAUCAAGGACCUCCAGCAGGAAGGUCAGAAGAUUCUAUCCGGGGGUCAGCAACGACACCAACCUCCUCCACCACCGCAACAGUAUCCUCCAGCAAUCCCGCAAGCCACACAUCCCAACCUGCAGGGCCAGCCGGGAUUCCCGCCGCAGCCGACGACAUACUGGCAAGCGCGUUUCGAUCCCGGGACACCCAUAAGCGCCGAGUGGGAGCAUAAGCUGGGAAACAACAACGGAUGGGGAAAUAAUGAGAUCGAGCAUUAUACGGCCGAGGGGGAGAAUUCGUUCUACACGCCCGACCACCUCCUCGUUCUGCGCGCCAUCGCAUCGCCAAACAACCCAGACCCUGGGAAGAAAUAUACCUCGGCACGCCUCGUUUCGCGACAACGGCUGUCCCGUCCCCAGGGCAGCUUGGUGGCAACACUAACGCUGCCGUGUGCGGGGGGCAUCUGGCCAGCGUUCUGGCUGCUGCCGUUCGAGCCGUUUACGUGGCCGACGGAUGGCGAGGUGGACAUUGCCGAGACCUGGAACGGCGACGGAGUCAACCACUCGUGCCUGCAUUGGGGCUUCUACACGCCGCAGGACACGAUGAAGCACCGCGUCGUCGCCACCCCCGUACACGGCAUGGCCAACGGACGACCCGUGCGCUUCGAGUUCGCGUGGGCCCAGGACCCCGCCACGGGCCAGGGCAGACUGGUGUGGUGGAUCGACGGGCAGGCCGUCAUGAAGGCCCCCAUACCCAGCGGCACGCGGCCCAUGGCCGACUUUGUUGUGCUCCUCAACAUCGCCAUGGGCGGCAACGUCUGCGCCGGCAAGAUUCCCAGCGAGGGCACCUACGACAUGGUCGUGCACGAGAUGAAGAUGAUGGAGGAGCCCGAGGCCGGCGGCUGGGCUAAGUUUGACAGGGACUGGGGCUGGGUCAGGGAGGGGGAUACGAUUUGA